CCCAGGACCCUGCAUUCAUUAUAUCUGGUCUCCCCGGACCCUGCAUUCACUAUAUCUGGUCUCCCCGGACCCUGCAUUCACUAUAUCUGGUCUCCUCGGACCCUGCAUUCACUAUAUCUGGUCUCCCCGGACCCUGCAUUCACUAUAUCUGGUCUCCUCGGACCCUGCAUUCACUAUAUCUGGUCUCCCCGGACCCUGCAAUCACUAUAUCUGGUCUCCCAGGACCCUGCAUUCACUAUAUCUGGUCUCCCCGGACCCUGCAUUCACUAUAUCUGGUCUUCCACAGACCCUGCAUCCACUAUAUCUGGUCUCCCACAGUACACACAACAUGGAAAUGCAAUUAUUUUAGUAAAUAAAAAAUGCUAAAUACCUUUUCUCAUCAGCAGUUAGAGCAGUCCUGUGA